CGCGGCGGUGCGUUGCGUGCCGGUCCGACUCGCAUCGUCGAAAUUCCCUCGUCAACAGCGCGCAGCGUAUGAGAUUAUACGACGUCCGAACUCCGAACUCUAAACGUUCGUGUGAUACCGCGGGCAGCGGAAAAAGAGAAAAAAAAAAACAGACUUUCUUCAGUGGCUGACUCCGAGCUCCGGACGACGGAGGUGAUUAUCAAGUUACCAAAGCAGAAUAUACGCGACGAGAAACGUGUUAAAGAAAAGACGUUGCGCGGCCGCUACUCGUGUGUCGAAUUGUUGAUCCGAUCCGUUGUAAUGGGUGCAUCGGGUGACUGGUCCGUCGGUCCGGGAACGGCGCGGGGUACAUGAAAACACCGACGUCGGUCGAGGCACAGCGCACAGCGUACUGCUCGCAAACUACAGUAUAAUAAUUAAUUUCGAUUUUUUAAUUGCCAAGUCACGGGAAUGCCAUGUCGGAAGCUGUGACUGAUAUAAAACUUUUAUCAGGCGAUAAUCGACUGAGACAGUUGGAAGCAUUAUUUUUAGGAGGUCCAAUACAAGGACAAGGAAAAUGCUUCAGUAUUGAAACCCUUUUAGAUGUAUUGCUUGUACUUUAUGAUGAAUGUAAUAAUUCAUCCUUACGCAGAGAAAAGACUGUAUCUGAUUUUAUUGAAUUUGUAAAACCGGUGGCAUUAUGUGUUAAGUCAUUGCGUUUGACUAGAGAUGAUUUUGAGACUAUCAAAGUAAUUGGCCGUGGAGCUUUCGGAGAAGUGUGUGUUGUACAUAUGAAAGGAACAGAUAAAGUUUAUGCUAUGAAAAUUCUUAAUAAAUGGGAGAUGCUUAAAAGAGCUGAAACAGCAUGUUUUCAAGAAGAAAGAGAUGUUUUGGUGUAUGGUGAUCGUAGAUGGAUAACCAACUUACAUUAUGCUUUUCAAGAUGAAACAAACUUGUAUCUUGUUAUGGAUUAUUAUUGUGGAGGAGACUUAUUAACUUUAUUGAGCAAAUUUUUUGAUCGCCUUCCUGAAGAUAUGGCCAGAUUUUAUAUCGCUGAAAUGAUAUUAGCAAUUAAUUCAAUUCAUGAUUUACAUUAUGUUCAUAGAGAUAUUAAGCCUGAUAAUGUACUAUUGGAUGCUAAUGGCCAUAUACGUUUGGCUGAUUUUGGAUCAUGCUUAAAAGUGGGUUCAAAUGGGUUUGUUGAAAGUAAUGUUGCUGUUGGCACACCAGAUUACAUAUCUCCUGAAAUAUUACAAGCUAUUGAAGACGGGCAAGGUUGUUAUGGUCGAGAAUGUGAUUGGUGGUCAUUGGGAGUAUGUAUGUACGAAAUGAUUUAUGGGGAAACUCCAUUUUAUGCUGAAUCGCUUGUACAUACUUAUGCUAAAAUAAUGAAUCACAAGAAUUGUUUUGAUUUCCCAAAUGACCAAGAAGUGCAAGUUUCUGAAGAAGCAAAAGAUUUAAUGAAAAAACUUAUUUGUAGUGCUGAACAAAGACUAGGUCAAACUGGCAUCAAUGACUUCAAAGAACAUAAUUGGUUUAUUGGUGUAGAUUGGGACACUAUUAGAGAUAGCGUAGCACCGUAUAUUCCUGAAGUGUCUAGUCCAACUGAUACCAGCCAUUUUGAUGUUGAAGAGAUUGAUAUUAAAACAGAUAUAUUUCCUCCUACUCCUUCAAAUCCUAUAUUUUCUGCUCUACACUUACCUUUCAUUGGUUUUACUUUUACUCAAAAUAGUUUUGUAUCAGAUCUUGGGUCUAUUGGAAAAUCUCUUUCGUCAGGAAAAACAACUAAAAGAAUGCGAUCUCAAGAAGAAAAAAGUGAAGUAGAAGAUUCCGAAGAUCAAUUAAAAAAAUAUAAAGAAAAUAAAAAAACUAAUAAUGCUUCUUUUAGUGAUGAAAAAGAAUUAGAUAUUAUAAUAAAAAAAUUUCAACAAGAAAAAGAAGAACUUCAAAAAGAAAAACAAGAAACACAAGAAAAAUUAAAAGCUCAAGAAAUAGAAUUAAUGGAUGCCAUGGGACAAAAAAAUAAUGCUAUGACUGAAUAUGGUCAUGUUACUAAUAAGUUAUCUGAACUCAGGCAACAUAAACAAAAACUCUCUAGGCUUGUCAGAGAUAAAGAGGAAGAAUUAGAAGAAGCAAUGUCAAAAAUAGAUAUAUUACGUCAAGAAGUUCGACGUUCAGAAAAAGUUCGUAGAGAACUUGAAAGUCGAUUAGAAGAAUCUAUAGCUGAAGUCAUAAAUGAACGUAAACUUCGUGAAAAAAAUGAAGAAAUGUAUCAUCAAUAUAAGAUUGAAAUUGAAAGAUCUAAUCCACCGUCAUUUUCUGGCAAUAAUUUUGAAACUAAUGAAAAUGCUAACCAAAGAGCCAUGCAAGAAAUAAUUCGAUUGAAAGGAGAGAUUGAACGGUUAGAAGUAGAAUAUAAUGAAAAUAUCAGUAAAGAACAAGCAAAAUAUAAUUUGGAUACAAACAAAUUGAAAGAUCAAAUAUUUGAAAACGAAGUCAUUCAAAAGUCUUUGGAAAAAGAAAAAAAAGAAAGUAAUGAAAUAAUUCGUUCAAUCGAAUUUGAACAUAAAAGAUUAAAGGAUGAACUACAUGUAAAAAAACAGACUAUUAAUCAAUUGGAAUCUCAAAUAUCAGACAUAAUUCAAUGGAUUAGUGAUGAAAAAGAUGCAAGAGGAUAUUUGCAAGUUUUGGCAGCUAAAAUGAAAGAAGAAUUAGAAUAUUUAAAACAGUGUCCAAACAAUAAUGGUCAAUCAGCUUUGGAUAAUAGUUGGAGAAAUAGAAGAAGCCAAAAACUUGAUAAAAUGGAACUUUUAAACCUUCAAAGUUCAUUACAGUCAGAAAUUCAAGCUAAGCAAUCAAUUGGUGAAGAGUUAAGCAAGACUCGAUCGGAAUUGAUUGCAAUGCAAAAAGAAUUAAGAGAUUUUCAUCAGCGGUAUGAAUCUUUGGUGUAUAAUAUGAAAGAUAAAGAUGACAUGAUAAAGGAAUUACAAAAUCAACUAGAUGCCAGACAAUCCUUUUUAGGUCAAUCUUCAUGUUCACCGCUAUCCUAUUUAGAUCACUUUUUAAAUGAAUCUGCAACUGGAAAUAGUAAUAAAUCUAAUUUAAAUGAUAGUAUUGAUAGUUAUGACAGAAGUUUUGAUGAUAAUAAAGCACUGUCAAUUAGAAAGUCUAGUUUUUCAGAUUUUAAUAACACAAACCCAAACAGUUUAAUUUCUGAAAAAGGAAAAUGUCAUCAGUUUGUAGUUCGAACUUUUUCUUCUCCAACUAAAUGUAACCAUUGUACAUCAUUAAUGGUUGGUCUUGUUCGACAAGGUGUAAUAUGUGAAGUGUGUGGAUUUGUGUGUCACACAAUUUGUUCAGACAAAGUACCGUUGCUUUGCCCAGUGCCUCCUGAUCAAACAAAACGACCAUUAGGGAUAGAUCCCACACGAGGCAUAGGUACUGCAUAUGAAGGUUACGUCAAAGUGCCAAGAUCUGGUGGUGUUAAAAAGGGAUGGGUGAGACAGUUUGUGGUAGUGUGUGAUUUCAAAUUAUUCCUAUAUGACAUUUCACAAGAUCGAAACGCUUUACCUGCAGUAACAGUAUCUCAAGUGUUAGAUAUGCGUGAUCCAGAAUUUGCAGUUUCUUCUGUAAGAGAAUCUGAUGUUAUUCAUGCUGGAAAAAAAGAUAUCCCUUGUAUCUUUCGUAUAACUACUUCACUUUUAGAUCCACCGGGGGUCAAAAAUCAAACAUUAAUGUUAGCUGACACUGAAAGUGAAAAAAAUAAAUGGAUUGUUGCUCUAAGUGAAUUGCAUAGAAUUUUAAAAAGGAAUAAUUUACCCAAUACGACGGUAAUAUUUAAAGCAAAAGAACUCGUGGAUAAUACAAUUACAAUAACCAAAAAUGCCAUGGCUAGUGCUAUAAUUGAUCCUGAUCGUUUAGUGAUAGGAACUGAAGAUGGUUUAUUCUGUAUAGAUUUAGAUCAAUUAGAAAUCGCUAGAAUUGGAGAAGCGAAGAAAAUUUUUCAAAUAGAUUAUAUAGCAGAAGAACAGCUUAUUAUUGUGUUAUCUGGUAAACAAAGACAAGUCCGUUUAAUUCCAGUGCGUGCGUUAGACGGAGAUGAUGUUGAAUGGGUUAAAGUAGUUGAAAGUAAAGGUUGUAUCACAUUCUGCACUGGGCUGAUGAAGAAAUAUCCUGGCAUGACAAAUCUUCAGUAUUGUUUAUGUAUAGCUGUAAAACGGCAGAAUACUUCUCAGGUGAUUAUUUAUGAGGUAACUAGAACUAAAUUACGGCAUAGGCGACUUAGAGAAAUAAUGCUACCAUCUCAAGCACAAAGUUUAACUGUAUUUACUGAUGGAAGGUUAUGUGUCGGCUACCAUUCUGGUUUCAGUGUAUAUCAUAUAACUGGAGAUCAUCAUCCAAUCUCUUUGGUACACCCUGAUAAUCACAUGAUGGGUUUCUUAUCAUACUCUGCAAUGGAUGCAAUCAAAGCAAUUGAACUUCCUAGAGGAGAAUUUUUACUCAUCUUUCAAUCAUUAGGUAUUUUUGUAGAUUCUCAAGGUCGGAAAUCAAGAGACAGAGAAAUCAUGUAUCCUAGUGAUCUUAUUGAUGCUAGUUAUUGUGAUGGUCAUUUAUUGAUAUAUAGUGAAACCCAUAUAAAUAUAUUUAAUGCUGAUAGUGGUGAUUGGAUUCAAACUUUGAACUUAAGAAAUUCCCAUCCUAUUAAUAAUACUGGUUCAUUAACAGUAUGUUAUAUUGAUGACUUACCAUGUAUAAUAUAUUUGUCCAAUGUACACCAAAGAGAACUAAUCAACAUCAGAUGGAGAGAUUUAACUGGUAGUAUGUCUAUCCCACGUACUAGAAGACGGUUUUCAAUGCGUGAAGGACAAAAAGCAAUUCGAGGACCUGAUCGAAGGUCCAAAAUAAUAUCAGCUCCAACUAAUUUUAACCAUAUCAGUCAUAUGGGACCAGGUGAUGGUAUACAAAUUCAAAGAUUGCUUGAUUUACCUACUACUGUUGAAACUGCAGACUCAAUGCCUCCAACUAAACCUCUUCAACCAUUUACAUCUACAACUAGUAAGCAUUCAUUUCAAAUAUCACGAAGUCCAUCACAGCAACAUUCCACAUUGAGUGACAAGUUCAAAAUGGCAAGAGCAAAAUAUGUGAUUGACAUGACUCGUCAGUCACCUGAAGAAAGUAAAAAUUUAAUAUUACGAUCAGAUAUUAAUAAAACUAUUUAUCAUCCAAUUGUUGGAUCUACUGCUAAAAGAUCUUACAUAAAAAAGAAAACAAUACUCCCACCGAGAACACCUGAAUCUUUUGGUUCUAAUUAUUCACAUCAUCACUCAGAUACAGAUCUACCCCCUAAUAUGUCUCAUUCAUUAAAUCGCAGCAUUUCAUCUUUAAAUGAAUAUAAAGAUCAUCAGAUUGGUAGCUCAAGGCAUUCUGUAGCUUCAAACAAUAGUAGUAAUACAAGCACUCCUCCAAGUCCAAAUCGUGAGCAUGGAUCAUCUAGUUACGAUAGUUAAUAGUUAAAUGCCAUUAUACAACAAACAUGUUUCAAAAAGACAAUAAUAUCAAGUUAUAAAUUUACAAAAUAAUUUUGAACAUGAAUGAAAAAUGGUCAAUUUCACUUAGCAUUAAUAAUUAUAGUUCUUAAAUAUUUUUAGAAAUUAAUGAGAGCCCAAUCUAGAUUCUAUAAGAAUAAGCAUACAACAUUUCACUAUGUUCUAAUAUUAAACGAUUCUGGUCAUAAAAUUCUAUUUCAUUGAUUUUGCAUUUAUUUUUAUUUUGUUUUAAUUUGAAAUGCUCAUUUUAAUUCUAGUCUUGCAUUUUCUAGUUUCUAAUCUUUUUUAAACUGUUAUUUCUUUCAUUCUGUUAAUAUUCAUCAUUAACACAUUGAUGGACGUAGCCAUUUUGUUGACUACUCCCUCUGUAUAAAACCAAUAUUACUGUAGCAAUAAAGAUUUUAUUGAUUUUUUUCAAAUGGUUCAUAAAUGUCUUCUUUUAUUAAAUAAUGUUCAUUUUUAUUAAUAAUUUGAUGUUUAACCUUAAGUAAAGCUGCUAGAUUGAUAUACAAUUUUAAAUUUAUUCUUGUUGACUUCAUUUUAAAAGAGUUGCUUGAGUUCUAUGAGUAAUUUAUUGAGUUUGUAAUCACAUUCUAAAUAAUUUCAAAAUUAACACGGUUUCCAAAAAGAUGGUUAGGUUAGUCAACAAUAUAUAAAUAUAUUUUUUUAUUUAAUAUGGAAUAUUUACAUUUCAUGAUUAACUGAAACUAAGCAAAUUGUUCUUUAGUGUAAAGCAACUGAUCUAAAAUUUAGCACUUGCUUUUUUUGUUUCAAUGAGUCCAAUUGUUAUUUGAUACAUUUAAAAUUUAAGUUUCAUUCUAUCACAGUAACAAUAAUGAUAACUUGAUCAAUAUUUUAAAUAAUAUUUCCAUCAAUGUGUCAUUUAUACAUACAUUUAACUCUAUUAUCAAAAUCCCAGUCAGAUAUUAAAAUUAACAAUUUUUAUAAAGUAUUGUAAUUUUCUUAAUGCUGUAUGGGAUACUCUUUUUAAAUCUAACCAAUUAGUUAAUAUUAAUGACUUGUAGUAUGCUUAUAAUUAAUUAGUAAUUAUGAUUACUUACAAUUUAAAUAUUUAAAUGAUAAGUGUUCAAAGAAUAAUUUACUAUGAUAUUUCAUAAAUCAACAUGAAUAAAAAAAGAUUUAAUUCACUACUAAUACUAAACUAUUAAAAAUUAAAAGAUUUUUUCUAAAUAAUAAAAAAAGUUAUAGGGUAGUACUAAUUUAAGAUAUAUUUAAACUAUGAAAAAAUUAUAUUAAGUCUUUGUUAUCUAUGUAGAUUAUCUUGGAAUUGAUUUUGUGGUUUUUUUUUUUUGUAACAAUGAAUCAAUUAAUUGUGAAAUAAUCAGAUAGUCUACAGUAAUAAUAUGACAUAAUUUUGAGUAAUUUAAAAUUUUCAAUAGAAUGUUUGGCUUCUAAUUGAAUUUUUAUUUGUAUAAUUGUAUUACAUGUGAAUUAUUUCUAAUUUGAACACAUUAUAUUUUAGUUAUUUCAUUAAUGUGAUAUCUGUAACUUGUCUUAGUCUUACAAACAUAUAAUAUAAUAAAUUAGUGGCCAGCUGAAUUAAUUUGAUGUUCUUAGUUUUAAUAUGACAAUAAAUAUUACCAACAUUAUUAACCAAUUUAAAAGCAAGAGCAUUAUAUGUGUUUCUCUUAAUGGAAAUUUUUUUUAAAAAAAUUUAAAGAGUAAAAGAAUUUUUCAAUUGUAUUAUUUUACAUGCUAAUAAAUUUGCUUCAAAAUUAAAAUAUUAAAAUAUCCUAGAAGUGAACAGAUAAAAUUAUUAUGUUUAAAUUUGUUAAUAGAUUAAUUUAUUAUAAUAUUAACUAUGAACACAAAAUGUAAACAGCUAAACUCAAAUUUAUUUUGUUGUAUGUGUGUUAGAUGGAAACAUAUAGAUAUCACAUUGAAAAUAAUUAUAUUCAAAAAUAAAUAAUUUAUGGAACUAUAUUAUUAGAAAUGUUUAACCCCUUUAAACUUAUGAACUUUGAACACUUGUCAUUACAAUAAUUGUCAUUUGUUGUAAAAAUCGUCAUUUUGCUCAUUUAUUUUAGUUAUUAUCUACGUGUAAAAUCCAGUGAAUGAACAAACGAAUUUGUUUUUUUUGUACAAAUUACUUGAUAAAUUUUUAUUUUUAAUUAAACUAAUUAUAAUUUGAAUGAUCAGUUUAUUAGUGUCUUUCUGAUUUUUUUUUUAGUAGCAUUAUUUUUUUUAUGCAUUUGUUGAACAUUCUUUACUAUAUACUUAAAAUUGAUAAUUUUACAAAGUUUUUUUUGUUUAACUUAUCAUAUUAUGCUGAUUAAUAUUUUAUUAUACAUUAUAUGUUUAUCAAGUAAGAUUAAUAAGUUAUAGUUUAAUGUGGUUUUGUUCUUAUGCUAAAUUAAUACUUAUUAAAUCAUUUUAUGUAUUAAUACAUAUUCAGAAAGACACUUAAUUUGAUCAUAUUUUGUGUACAGGGUUAUUUAUUAACUACAUUGUUAAGAAAAACUAAUUAUCUAAUUGGAAAAAAAUAUUUUUGAAACUGUGUAACACCAUUUUAAAAUUGAAGUUAACAAAUACUAUUUAUUAAGCUAUACAUUUUUUUUAAAAAUUAAUUUACAGUAUAACUGAUUAUUGGGUGACACAUUUAAUCAUUUAUAAUAAUUGGUACUCAUGCUGUAAGCUACUUACCGCUACAUAACAAGUGUAGUAGGUUACCUACCUAACCUACCAAAAACCUAAUUGUAUUUAAUUAAUUGAAAUUUAUCUAACUAAAACUUACUUUAUGUAACGCUGAUGAGUGAUGAUCAUCAUUGUCAAUUAUUUUAUAAUAUUGUUGUGUGCUAUAAGUUACUUUUCUCAGAAAACUUCUAAUAAAACAUGUUGCAUAUUAAUGGACUACUACAAUUUUUUACCAGUUAUUAUGAUGGCUAUUUUAUUAUAAUUUUGGAAAACUGUUAUGUAUUAUUUAUCUUAAUAGCUCAAAUGUAAUUCCCACAAUAAAAUUAAAUGAAAUAAAAAUAACUACCAUAGGUAGUAUAAUAUACUCAUAUAGGUUUUUGGUAGAUAGCAUUUUACGUUACCUAGCAUACUGUAUGAGUACCUAAUAAUUUUUCUUAAUUCCAGGAAAUGUAUAACUACAUAAUAAAUGUAUACACAGUAAUUUCAUUAAUUGUAUUCCUACAUCCCCAUGCUGCCCCAUGUCUAUUGUAAAAAUAUGAUACAACUUUUUAAAAGAAUGUUAAGAGUACUAUUAAAAAAAAAAAAAAAAACAAUUUUUUCACUUUAUAAGAAAAAAAAUCAAAUGAACUAGGCCCUUUAAGAGAAAACCUCUAUCACAUCUUAUUAUAAAAAUAAAUUGUUUUUUUUUCAUUUGCUAUAAAAAUUGAUAAAUUAAAUUGAUUGGCUAAAAUUUCUUAAAAAUUUAGUACCUUUGAAAACCCUCCAGUAAUUUAGAUAACACUUGUCUAAAUUCAUCCAAAUUAUCAAUGUUCUACUGUAGCUUAUUAGCAAUUAUGAACUUUUUCAUUCAUGAACUUCAGUUACUAUCUAUAUUAUUGAAUUUUAUAGAGCUCACGAAUAGAAUAAUUAAAUAUAUAAUAUGCUUAAUUUUGAUUGUUAAACCUUAUAUAGUAAUUAUGUUCUGAUAUCAUAUUUUAUUCUGUUUAUUUUUGUAUUGUUGUUACAAAUUUUCUUUUUCAAUCUAAAACUUAACUUUAAGUUUAAUUUAACUAUAAUAAUUUACUGAAUCAUCUUUAAAAUAAAAAUAAAAAAUUGUAAAACAAUAAAAAAUAAUAAAUAAAUGAAAUUAGAAUAAAGAAAACCAUAAGUGUUAAUAUCUGAUGCUAAAGUACAUUGUAUAAAACAUGUACAGUGUACAUCAUUAUAAUAUGGUUUUUAUAACUGAUACAGAUACAUUUUGUGAUAGAAUUUACUAUGUGCCCUUUACACACAAAAAUUUUUUAGAUAAGCUUAAUCAAAAUAUAGAAGUAAAUAAAAUUUCUUAUACAAUAUUUGUAGACAUUAAUAGUAAUAACAUUGAUAAAUCAGUUUUGUAUUAAAAUAGUAUUUAACUAUCCAUACUCAAAUGUUUGCAGAUAAUUUAUAUACAUAUAAUUAAAUUUAUUUAUAUUUUAAUCUUAAGUUGGAUUUAUUCUAAUUGAAAACUAACACAUUGACAAUAACAUUUUCGUAUUAAUUAUUAUUGUGCAAUUUAUUUGCAUAUUUUAUUUAUACAUAUUUUAUAAGUGUAACUCGAUUUGAUGAAUUGACAUUUGUUUAGAAGUUUUCAAUUUCUACUUUUUCACAAUUCUAGUCUUAAAAACCAUUUAAAUUACUGUACAAAAUAAUAUUACCUAAGAUUUUGUCGUGGUUUGGGUUUAUGAUUUAACAAUUGUUAUUAAUAUAUGAUUUUAAUAAAUCAAGUAUUUUAUAUCAUUAAAUUAGUAUUACUAAUAUUGAAAUUAAUUAGUUUAUACAUUGAUACUAUUAUAUGCUCGUUAAUAAUUUAGUCUUAGAUCAAUUAUUUUAAUAAAAUGUUUUAUUACUAGAAAUAUCCUAAUAUUAAUUAUAUUUGUGAAUAUAAAAUAUAUUAUGAAUAAAACAUACUAAAACAUUUUGUUUACUUUUUUGUCGAAAGUUCAUAGAAUUUUAACAAUAGGUAACUAAUCUAUAACUGAUUCAUUUAUACACUACUAAAUAAAAUCUAUUGAUUUAACUUUUGAUAAAAGCCUUCAAUUUUGUGAUUAUUAUUGUGUGAAUUCUAUAAACUUAUAAGUACUAAUUAGUGUAAUUAGGAGGGUGUUAAACCAAUUCAUAGCACCAGUAAAAAUUACUGCUAAAAAUAGUAUAUGAAAAUAAGCUGUAAUAAUAAAUGAGUAAAUUAUAUUUUUAUUUUUAUUUAUUAUUUGCUUAUAAACCAAGUGUACUUAUACCAAUACAAUUUAGACGUGGAAAAAUGAUCCAUUUAUUUUGUAAUAGUUGUCAUAAGUUAUAAUAAUUUAUUUUAAUAAAUAUAUAAUACAACUACAUUUUUUUA